GUAGAAAAGAUUCUCGUUUGGUAAAUAACAAUCGAAAUAUUAGUCUACAUUUCGGUCUGUUUCUAAAGAUUAUACAAGUCUCUCGCGACGAAAUCUUUUAUGACUUGUGAGAAGUAUUUUAUGUUACCAAAAUGGAGUACAUAGUAUCGCCGUGGGAAAUCGAAACCUACAUACAAAGUUUAAACGUCUCGACUCUGCAGGAUAUCGGCACAAAAGAGUGCGUGCCUCGUCUUAGCUGGUUGGAUUUCCACAAGAAAUUAACGUUGUUGAAUCAACAAAGUGUACUCGAGGUGACGGAACUGCGCGAGGAGAGCGUCGCGGAAUUUUUUAUCUCGUUAAAAAAAGUUCCCGUUCUCAUAUACGAAGCUAUACAAAUUGACAUAUGGAAGCACAAGGUGUUCCCGCUGUUAAUUGACCUCGACAACGAGCCGUCCAACACGUUUAUGCUGUUCAGCGUUUUUUAUCACGAAGUCAUUGCCGUUUCGCUGUUGGAAAAUGUAUUGUUUCACUGCAAGAGCUCGGACACGAUGGACGACACGAUAAUCGAUCUCAUCGAUUAUGCCGUUCAAUGUGCGACCGUGCUCUUGGACGAGAAAACCACGGAGAUUUACGAAGGACUUGACGCGAAAGAUUUCAACAAUUCGAGCCUGGAAGAAAUACUGAAGAAACAUAAAAUACUCGAAUUCGACAUCGGGAUGAGAUGCAUCUCAAUUCUUUACUAUAUAAUAGAAUUUUUGGAAAGCUUGCCUCUUUAUGUUGUUUCGCGCGUGCUGACCACACACGAUGUUCCUUAUCUAUUUGUGCAGUUGAUAGAAAAACAACCGUGGAAGAAGGAAAACGAGAACGGUGAAAUUUUAACGUACGACGCUAAGUGGCAAAAAAUUGACGCAAAUAAUAUUGGAAAAAUUAAUAAGAGAGAAGGACAGAUAUGGUUUGCUCUGAGAGAAGUGCUUCUCAAUCCUAAAUAUUCUUCACAUUAUGAGAUCACAGAGCACAGACUGACCCAGUUGUCAAAGUUACAGAGACAUUUACACGAAGACGUAUUAGAUCAAAUCUGUCCUCUGAUAGACCUCAAGAGAUGGUUAUCUUAUGUUACUAUGUCAUCGGCACGGCCAUCUUCGAAUAGAAUCUGCAAGGUUCAAGUAGAAGUUAUACCACAAAUAAAAUCAUCCAUUUUAGAAAAAUUUCACAAAAAAUGGAAAAAACUCGCUAGACAUCAGUCCAAGUAUCUACUCACGGUAGAUACAAAUUACAUUAAAGAUGCCGCGCAGAUUUUAAGCGAUAUUUACGAUUUGGAGAAGUUGGAUCGUUUAGAAACAAAAAAAUGUUCUUUGUGCCAAAAAGUGUCUAAGAAUCGAUGUUCCAAGUGUAAAGAAACUUGGUAUUGUAGUAGGCAAUGUCAAGUGAAAGACUGGGAGAAACACAAAGACAUUUGCAACAUGAUUACAAAAACUGAAUGAUAGACAUAGAAUAAUAAAUAAAAAUUAAUAGACACAACAUACAUCUAGUUAGCACUCGGUGUUUUUUUUUUUAACAACAGUGUAAACUAACUGUUAUAUACGUACCUCAGAAAGAAACCGAUAAAAUUAUAAAAAAUUCC